ACAGGAGACGUAAAACAUGCGAGUUGCUGAGUAUAUGAGCUGUCAUUCAGUACUUUUAAAUCAUCAACAGCUAGAUGUAAAGUAGUUUGACGAGUAGUAAUUCGCUGAAUAUGAGUAGACUACUACGCAUGGCAAGAACGUACACGAUGAGUGUUUUAAGCUGACGAAAGACACAUAAGCAUGUGGAAUGGAGGCAGUAAAAGAGUGUUUGAGAGAUUUUCCCAGAGAAGCACGGGAGCUUUAAUUAAAUGAAGCAGUACCAUAUCUAGAUGAGCCCCUCUCCCCACUUCAGUUUCAUCGUGAAUGGAUUGGUCCUAACAAGCCCUGCAUCAUUCGCAACGCCUUCAGUGAUUGGCCUGCUUUGUCUAAAUGGAACCCUGCGUACCUCAGAGAGAAAGUGGGCUCCAAAAUAAUCAGCGUGGCUGUCACUCCUAACGGAUACGCAGAUGCUGUAAAUGGGGAUCGCUUUGUGAUGCCAGAGGAGCGUCAGAUGAGCUUUUCCUCUCUGCUGGAUAUCAUAGAAAGAAAAGUUAGGAGCAGUGGUGUGUAUUAUGUUCAGAAACAGUGUUCAAAUCUGACGGAUGAGAUGCCGGAACUGACCGGAGAUGUGCAGACUCACAUUCCCUGGAUGAGUGAAGCUCUCGGUAAACAGCCUGAUGCUGUAAAUUUUUGGUUAGGGGAGGAAAGUGCUGUCACAUCGAUGCAUAAGGAUCACUAUGAGAAUCUAUACUGUGUGAUAUCUGGACGUAAAGAGUUUGUAUUACUUCCUCCCACUGAUAGACCUUUCAUACCGUAUGAGCUCUAUCAGCCAGCAACAUACAGACAGAAACAGGACGGCGAAUUUGAAAUAGUGGAUGAAGAUUCACCUAAAGUGCCCUGGAUUCCUCUAGACCCUCUGAAUCCAGAUUUUGAGCGAUACCCCUCCUACAGACUGGCUAAACCUCUGCACUGUACUGUUGAAGCUGGAGAGAUGCUGUACCUUCCCUCCCUGUGGUUUCACCAUGUGCGUCAGUCUCACGGAUGCAUAGCAGUGAAUUUCUGGUAUGACAUGGAAUAUGACAUUAAGUACAAUUACUUCCAGCUGAUGGAGUCCUUGACAAGCGCAGUGGGAACAUUAUGACACAUUAUUAAAUAAAUAUAUC